UCAGGGAAAGAACAAGAAGACUCUCAAGAGUUAAAUGAUGACAGUGAGCAGAGACCUCAUGGACACUUCCCUAGUCUCCACAAGUUUUCAGCACACAGAGCAUACUGGGGACAGAAACUCCAAGACAGCCAGGAACAACUGCUGUCUCAUGUCUUGGAUGAGACCAAAAGUCACACUCAGCACCUUGCAAUGGUGAAUAACAUCAUCCUGACCCGCUUUGACUUUUGGACUCUGGGUUUGCAGCAGGACAUGGAGGGAACGGUGGGCAUAGAGAAUGUGCUGUGCUGA